GAAAACUCUAAGCAUGAGUGUCAAAGUAGCAGCGAGAGUGAGGCCCUUGAGCCAAAGAGAGAAAGAGAGGAGCUGCACAAGUUGUAUUGCAAUGGAUGGACCUUGCACUUUGAUCUAUGAUGUAGCCACACAAAGAACAAGGACCUUUACCUUUGACUACUCGUUCUGGUCAUGCAAUGGAUUUGAAGAAGAAGAUGAUGGCCUUCUUGUUCCAUCAGAAUCUUAUUAUGACGACCAACAUAAAGUUUAUGACCAAAUCGGAGCAGACUUCUUUGAGGAUGCCUGGAGUGGAUAUCAUAGUUGCUUGAUGGCUUAUGGCCAAACAGGCAGUGGGAAGAGUUACUCCCUGAUGGGAUACGGACCGAAUCAAGGGAUCAUCCCGAGAUUUUCUCAAGAAAUAUUUCAGAAAAUUGAUGAAACUACCACACAAGACAGAUGGUAUGAGGUUAGUAUGAGCAUGUUUGAAAUUUACAACGAGCGUAUCCAGGAUUUGUUAGCCGACCAUAAAUCAAUCCCAGCUUGGGGUCUCAAGGUGAGGGAAUCUAAGAAGCUAGGAAUUUAUAUUCAGAAUUUAUCAAAGCACUCAAUUGUACUCUCUGAAGACCUACUCAAACUUAUCGAAAAGGGAAACAAUAAUAAGUCAAUAAUGGCAACUUAUAUGGGACAAUCUUCUUCCAGGAAGCAUACAAUCAUUACUCUUUCAUUAAAUCAGUUUGAGAUUAUCGAUGGGACUACAACUGAAAUAUAUUCUGACAUAAAAUUCGUUAAAAUGGCUGGUUCAGAGAGACCAAGAACGUCUAAUGCAACAGCGAAUUGGCUCAGGGAAGGAAGAAAUAUAAACCAAAGCUUGGCUUGCCUUGGUCGUAUUAUUACAAUUCUUGCUGACAAGGCAAAUGGGAGAAGUACAAACUCAAUAGUACCUUAUAGAGAUUCUGUUCUCACCAGAGUUCUAUCAAAUGCUUUUGGGGGGAACUGUAAAACCACUAUGCUCUUCACCCUAUCCCCAGCCGAUAUCAACUAUGAGGAAAGUUUAAGCACUUUGAGGUAUGCUAAUAGAGCAAAGAUGGUCCAGAACAAGCCCACUACAAAUAUCAUUAUGAAAGAUAAAAUGGUUGGGCAACUUAAAAAUGAAAAUGAUAGACUUAAGAGAUUUAUCAUGACUCUCAUCAACCAAAAGAGUCCUGGCUCAAAAUAACACAAGCUUAUUUGGAAGCAUUGAAGUCUUAAAAGCUGACACUAAAUCUGAAACUAACAACUCAGUUGAAGAAAGUAAGGAGAACCAUAAAAUAGAGGACACACAUCAGCAUAUUUCUUGUAUUGAUAAGAGAGAAGACAAUAAAUUUCAGAAAUGAGCAAAGGUUCAUAAGGGUUUUCCUCCUUAUUUGGUUAACCUCAAUGCAAACCCUCAACUUUCAUGAUUGCUGUACUACAGUCUUUUAGACUCACCCAUUUUGGUAGGAAGAGCAACUGGGAUUCCUCAGCCUCACAUUGUAAUAAAUGAAAUGGGGAUCCUUCCAAAUCACUGAGUAUUUGAAAUGGACUCAAAAGAACCCUCAAAGCAGAGAAACUAUCCUGAAGAUCUUCCAAAGUUCUUCUUAAGACCUUGCGCUAAGGAAGCAUGCAACACAAUCUGGGUAAAUGGAGAGACUCUUUCAGUCGAAGGAGCUCAGCUAGGCCAUAACGAUAGAAUAUUUAUUGGAGCGUCUACAUUGUUCCUCUUCAAGUUUCCUGAACUAGAAGUCCUCAAAUAUGGCAAGGAGGUUCCAAAUGAAAUCACUUGGGAAUUUGCUCUGCAAGAAAAGCUGUCUAAAGUUACAAUUUCUAACAAAGUUACUAAAGAGCUUGGUUCUAAAAUUUGCCCAAUGAAUAAUCAGAUAGAUUUAGUUAAUUCUUCACUGUCUACACAAAAUAAGAAAAUGGAGAAUAUAACACAAGAAAUAGGAGGUAAAGUCUUAACUGCAGAAAGAGAGAAUAAAUCUUCUUCAGAAAUAGAACAGAUUGUUCUGGACCAAAUCGAAUCUGUCAAGAACGAGAUGGGGCCUGAGUAAGGCAAAUACAUAAAGACUUAAGAAUCAUGAACUCAUAAUUCUUCUUCAAAUCUGCUGUCA